UCCAGUCAAAGUUCAAACAUUUCUCUCCCUCUCUCUCUCUCUCUCUCACAGUCUCUCACACACACACACACACAAAUGGAGAGGCCAGAGGCAGAGUACGAAAGAACAAGACGAGGGACGCUGGCAAAGAAUAAGGGAAAGAAAGUGCUACACCCACCCCGGCACAAGUUGGCUUUGCAACCGCUAGCAUUGGCUCCGUCCAACGAGGUGAAGCUGGCAGCCAUAGCCGUUGAUUUGAACGUCCGGCUGAGAUCGGCCGAGAUGCCUCCUUCGAUGCAAGAGCGUGCCUUCCGGUACGCCAAAGCACUCCUCGACGCUAAUCCGGGGAAGAAACCCAGUCCAACGCGCCUUGCCAUGUGCCUCAAGAAGGAAUUUGAUGGAGUGUAUGGUCUGGCAUGGCACUGCAUUGUUGGGAAGAGUUUUGGAUCUUUCGUGACUCACUCGACGGGUGGAUUUGUCUAUUUCUCCGUUGGCAACCUUUCCUUUCUUCUCUUCAAGACCGUGGUCCGACCAAGUCUCCUUCGCUGCUGAAACUUGGUAGUAAUGCAUAAGAUGUUCUUGUUUAGUGGCUAAUUUAGCCAAUGCUUGAAUCCUGCAUCGACAUGUUAAAUUUACGUGCAGAAUGGACAUAAGACCUGUUUUUUUUUUUUUUUUUUUCACCGGAAUCCUUUCAAGGUAAGGCCAUUUCAUGUACUCAUUCCUGUUAGGUAAACUUGAGACUCAUGCCUCGCACCCUUCUCAGCAUGGACCGGUUGAGCCGCCGGCUUCGCCCGGGGGCUGGUCCCAAGAGGCAGUUUGCACUCGAUAGGUUUCGAACCUGAGACCAUGAGAAGCAUUUAAAGUUUAAAUGAUUAAAUUCUUCAUUUCGUAUA